UUUUUUUUUUUUGCCGAGCGGAUUGGAAGUGAAAGUCCGCCAUAUUUUUGCUCAACCACGCCCGGGGAGUAAAGCCACUGGGAAAUAGAGGAAGGGAAAGAGGCACGGCGGUGGGUAUGUCCGUGUACCGGGAGACCCAAGCACCCACGUAGUUGAAGAUUUUUUUUUUUUUUUUUUUUUUAGACAGGAGUGGCGAGCGUGGGGAGAAGGCAUUGGCGGCGCGUGCGGCGACGCUUAACGAGAUCCCGCUCAGGAUGUGUCGUAAACGGAUCUGUUGACUACCCGGAGACGGCAAAGCAGAUUACACCAAUUAAGAUAGCAGCGAGUGGACUUUAUUGUGAGAAAGACGAGUCCGAGGUGGUGGCGGAGGUGGGGGAAGAAGGAAAACAACGGGGUUCCGUCCAUUUCUCAAAUAUCCCAGGUUUCUCCUCCGGCAGCUCCGUCAUACGCAGGCCGCUGCAUGAGCGCCUUUCCCGGCCUGCUCGCCGCCCGCGCUCUGCCCUCUUCGGGACCAAAUCAGUGAGACUCCUUGGUCGUCGCGAUCAAAAACGAGACAGGUGAAAAAGCAUGACCCUGGAAUCCAUCAUGGCGUGUUGCCUCAGCGAGGAGGCGAAAGAAGCCAGGCGGAUCAACGACGAGAUCGAGAGGCAGCUCCGCCGGGACAAGAGAGACGCGCGGCGGGAGCUCAAACUGUUGCUGCUCGGCACAGGCGAGAGCGGUAAGAGCACAUUCAUCAAGCAGAUGAGGAUCAUCCACGGCACUGGCUAUUCUGAUGAGGACAAGCGAAGCUUCACCAAGCUCGUGUACCAGAACAUCUUCACCGCCAUGCAGUCCAUGAUCAGGGCCAUGGAGACGCUCAAGAUCCCCUACAAAUAUGAGCACAAUAAGGCGAACGCCAACGUGGUGAGAGAGGUUGACGUGGAGAAGGUCAUCAUGUUUGCCAACCCCUACGUAGACGCUAUCAAGAGCUUGUGGAACGACCCGGGCAUCCAGGAGUGCUACGACAGGAGGAGGGAAUACCAGCUGUCAGACUCUACCAAAUAUUACCUGAACGCGUUGGACAGAAUCGCCGAAAGCUCCUACCUGCCUACUCAGCAGGACGUGCUGAGGGUUCGCGUCCCCACCACGGGCAUCAUUGAGUACCCCUUUGACCUGCAGAGCGUCAUAUUCAGGAUGGUGGACGUGGGCGGUCAGCGAUCGGAGAGGAGGAAGUGGAUCCACUGUUUUGAGAACGUCACGUCCAUCAUGUUCCUGGUGGCGCUGAGCGAAUACGACCAAGUUCUGGUGGAGUCCGACAACGAGAACCGUAUGGAGGAGAGCAAAGCGCUGUUCAGGACAAUCAUCACGUACCCGUGGUUCCAAAACUCAUCCGUCAUCUUGUUCCUCAACAAGAAGGACCUGCUGGAGGAAAAGAUCUUGUACUCUCAUCUGGUGGAUUACUUCCCGGAGUACGACGGUCCCCAGAGAGACCCCCAGGCCGGCCGCGAGUUUAUCUUAAAGAUGUUUGUGGACCUGAACCCCGACAGCGACAAGAUCAUCUACUCUCAUUUCACCUGCGCCACCGACACGGAGAACAUCCGCUUUGUGUUUGCCGCCGUCAAAGACACCAUCCUGCAGCUCAACUUGAAGGAAUACAACUUGGUGUAAGGACUGGCCUGGAGAUGCAUCACACUCGCGAAUCCAAAUCCAAUGCUUGCUUGCAUCUAAUACUAAUUUAUUUGCCGCGUGGAGGCAAGCAAAUGUAUUGAAACGUUAUGUUGCUAUUUGAUUAAGAAUUUAUAGGAAAAAGGAGAAAAGGGUUGCAUUCCUUUAAAAAAAAAAAAAAUCACUUUUGACUCACUCAAUAAUAAUAAUAAUAAUAAUAAUGAAAUAAAAGGCAAAAACUGUGAUUUUUAAAAGUAUUUGAUUUGAUAUGGAUGUGAAUCCCGAUCAAGUUGGUACCGCCGCCCUGUUCGGACUCGAAAUGCAUACUGAACUACAUCUGCCCGUCUCGACACCUCAACAUACCAAGAUUACUCUGUAAAGUCAUUUUUUCGGCUUAAUGAAUGUUCAAAAUAUAUAUAUAUAUUUUUUCAGCACUAAUAAUUUCAAGGUGGAUAAUAGUCAACUGUUAGUGGGAGCUAGUAGUGUGUGGAAAGAAAACUAGUUUACAAAUAGAUGCCGAGUUGUCCUACUGGUCAAUGAGGUGACUCGUAAAAAAGGCCCUUAAGAUAGGUAUCCACCUUGCUGAAAAAAUGCAAGUGCAGAUGUAGUUUUGCAUACAUUUUUGCGUUGUUUCCCUGCAGCCAACUGAGGUGUUCCCAAUACGCGUAGGAGUUAUGUGACAAGAGAUGAAAAUGGAUGUUUCAACUGUGCCACAAUAACACAUUUUUGUGUGAGCGUGCGUUCUUACGUACGUGUGUGUUUGUUAUCCAAUGUCAAAAGCAACCAAGUACACUCACACAUGGGCCAAUUGUGGAGGUCAGUGUGUGUUUGGCCAAACACACACAGAGGCGCACACACACACACACACACGGCAUAUUUAGGAUUGUCCAAUCACACCCCAGUUGCUAUAAACGUUUGUACCAAAGUUUUUGAUUGGGCAUAAAAGUUUGGAGUAUUUUUUUUGGUUUGUUCCCAAGAACACAGGCCUGUAAUUUACAUGUAUUGAGGCAUAGUGCAAUUAUGAAUGCUAUAAUCAUUGUACAUGUACAUACAUCUCUCUCUCGCUCUAUAGGUAUUUAUAUAUAUCUAAAUAUAUAUAUAUAUAUAUGUGUAUUUAAAUAUAUAUAUAUCAGCAUCUUUGUUGGCUUUGUAAUCAUGACUUUUGGUUUAUUUUGGCAGAUUGAAUGUGCGGUAUUGGAAAAAUAUGUAUCUAUGUAAUUGUACUGUAUGUCUAAUGGCUAAUUCUUUUUUGAUUUUUUUUUCUGAAAGAGAAUGUGUUAUUUACAUGUUAUUUGUUUCCUUUUAUAAGAGGAGAAUGUACAUUUUGUGUUUCUUGGGCUGUUUUAUUUCUCAGCAAAGAAACAUUGUUCUUCAGAAGUACAUAAAGAGGAAUAUGAUGAUGUGUUGUCGUA